AUGAUGAACCCGUCGAUAUCGAUACCGGCCUGGAAGGAUCGGCAGCACACACAGUUUAGCAAGAUUCCGGUCAUGCCAUGGCGGUCAUUCAAACUACUCAUGCCGCAUCGCAUGCGACGGAGACUGCGAUCGCGCUUACGCAGUCGCCAGUCCCCAGCUUCGUCUAUCGCUUCCAUGCAGACGUCCUUCUCUCCUAGGGAUACAUUGCGGUCUCUACAGUCGUACCGGUGGAGCGCCUACGACUUCCAAUAUCUCUUGCUCAUGAUUAUUGGAAUAUUUUCACUCUCGCUCAUUCAGGCCCCCGGCCCGAUGGGUAAAACCGCCAUUGCCUCACUACUCCUGACCUCGCUUCUCCUACCCAUCACCCGGCAGUUUUUUCUGCCUUUUCUUCCAGUAGCUGCUUGGCUAAUCUUCUUCUACGCCUGCCAGUUCGUUCCAUCCGAGAUGCGCCCGGGUAUCUGGGUUCGCGUCCUUCCGGCUUUGGAAAACAUUCUGUACGGAGCCAACAUCAGCAACAUCUUGUCGGCCCACCAGAGCACCGUCCUCGAUGUUUUGGCCUGGAUCCCUUACGGCCUGUGCCACUAUGGAGCGCCUUUUGUGGUCUCGAUCAUCAUGUUCAUCUUCGGCCCCCCCGGAACUGUCCCUGUGUUCGCCAAGACUCUUGGUUAUAUCAGCUUGACAGCUGUCUCCAUUCAGUUGAUUUUCCCAUGCUCUCCCCCAUGGUACGAAAAUCGAUUUGGCCUUGCUCCGGCCGACUACUCGAUGCAAGGCGAUCCAGCAGGUUUGGCCCGGAUUGAUGCCCUGCUUGGUAUUGACCUGUAUACCUCUGGAUUCCACGCAUCUCCCGUGGUCUUUGGUGCCUUCCCAUCUCUUCACGCUGCGGAUUCGACCCUUGCAGCUCUCUUCAUGAGCCACGUCUUCCCCAAGCUGAAGCCGCUCUUUGUGACCUACACCUUGUGGAUGUGGUGGGCUACCAUGUACCUGUCUCACCACUAUGCCGUUGACUUGGUCACCGGUGGCAUUCUUGCUGCUGUGGCAUUCUAUUUUGCCAAGGCUCGAUUCCUGCCGAGAAUCCAGCGCGACAAAAAAUUCCGCUGGGAUUACGAUUACAUCGAAAGAGGAAACGGUCCAGAUGAGGGUGGUUACGACUUGGCUCAUCUGGAUGGAGAUGUGAACCUUGAUAGUGACGAGUGGACUGUGGGUUCAUCGUCCUCUAUCUCAUCCGGCUCUCUCAGCCCGACCGAGGAUCAGCACCUCUGGGAAGGCGAGACAUUAGCCUCAUAUUCCGAUAUUGAAGCGGCGCGCCCAUUAGGGAACAAACUUUGA